AUGUGUCAGAAAAUGAUCAAAGAGCCAAAACCAAAUCACGUGAAUCUCACAUUCUUUCAACAAAUAAGGAAGCAAAAAACUUGUCGACAAAUAAACCCAGGAGGAUGUCUUAAUUUGGCGUGCAUCACUGCUUACCUAGAUGAACGCUUACAAUCUAAGCAAAAUAAAUUUGUGAAGGAACAUUCAAAAUUGUUUAUUACAGGAAUGCUGACAACACUCGUUAAUCAUCUGAAAAAUCUUAAUUAUGCGGUUUAUUUACAAUUGGUUGAAUCCAACUCUACCUCUACAAAUCCGCCUACAUUUCAGAAUUGUCCAUUAGUAGAUUUACUUUUAGUCUUCCAUUCACCUGUCUUAGAAAAAACAAUAAUUCUUCCCUAG